GACCCCAACAGUCGGCCCGACCUCCGUGGGGUUAAGGAUUUCACAGAUGACCAGAUCUCCGACUUGCAGCAGGAAAUCAGAGACAUAGAGCGUUUUCCUCCACAGGAGCUCAUCGUCGGAGGCAUUGGAGAGUCCCAACCUGCAGAUCCAGAGGUGCAGGCCAUUUGUGACUCUGUGAAGAGAGAUGUGGAGGAGAAGAGAGGAGAGAAAUAUGAGACUUUUGAAGCCAUAUCCUACAGGACACAAGUUGUAGCUGGAACCAACUACACUGUCAAGGUCCACAUUGGGCAGAACAAACAUCUGGAGCUGGUUGUGUUUGUGGGGCUGCCUCACACCAACAGUGGGCCAGUCCUCCAAAGUGUUCAUGAGUCCAAAGACGACUUGGAGCAGGAAGGCGGAUUUAUAGAGCCGUUCAUAUGUUACUUUCCCCCAAGACAGGAAAUAAUGAUGCCUGAAUAUCCUGAGCCUGAGCUCAUGACUGGAGGCAUCGGAAAGUCCCAACCUGCAGACCCAGAGGUGCAGGCCCUGUGUGACUCUGUAAGUAUCAUGAACUUAAAGCUACACUGUGGAACUUUUCUGUUGACACAUCAGGUCAGAUCUGUAGAGAGGCAACCUCGUAUAAACUCAUCAUGGUGAAUAAUUAGGGUGCUCUGAAUGCAGAAGGUAAGUGAGGAAUAACUUUGGAUCACUGCAAACUGUUUCAAAUGAAAAUCAGGCACAGCAAAAGCAUUAACUUAAGUAAAAAAAAAAAAAACUAGUAAAGUUCCAUGAAACACCUUUAAGUGUUUGAGUGGGAGUGAAUCUUGUGCUGUUGUUUAGGUGAAGAGUGAAGUGGAGGCGCAGAGA